GAUAUUAUUAUACAUAAACUGGGCCAUUAUUUUCUCAUUUGGCAAGAGGUUCUUUAAAUCAAGAUGGUCAGCGUCUGUUUGUUGUUCUUGGUUGGAGCAGCCGUCUACGUUACGGCGGACGACUCGGCGUGCACAGCGGCCAGCGGCAACUGUCAGGAAGACUCGCUUCACUGUUCCGGAAGUUAUGUGAGCGGGUUGUGUACCGGCCACGCAACCAGGAGGUGUUGUAUCCCCGCUGGAAGUGGCUCUUGCUCAAACGUCCACAUUGUCACACGGAGCCAAUGGGGCGCCCGGCCCGCCAAAACACACAGUACCAUGCACGUGCCUGUGAACGAAUUCUUCAUCCACCACACCGAGACGCCCGCGUGCACGGAUAUGACGGCAUGUAAAACACGUGUCCGGUCUAUACAGAACUACCACAUGGACAGCAACGGCUGGUCUGAUAUCGGCUACAGCUUCCUGGUGGGAGAGGACGGUAACGUCUACGAGGGUCGUGGUUGGAGCUAUGUGGGGGCCCAUACACAAAACUAUAACAGCAUCGCCUUCGCUGCGUCAAUGAUCGGCAGCUACGACUCCCACCUACCCAACGCCAAAGCUCUGACCGCGGUAAAGAACCUUAUCGCGUGUGGUAUUCAGCUGGGUAAAAUACGGUCAACCUACCGGUUGUAUGGUCAUCGAGAUGCUGGGCAGACCUCGUGCCCCGGAGACCGACUUUACGCCGAGAUACAAACAUGGCCACACUACAGCCACGCUCACCCAUAAGUGUUAACUUACCGCUUACAGGAGGGCGGACAUGCCAUUAUGACUUGUGAAAAUAAAAUAUAAUAAUGUAAUACAAUUUAAAUCCUCUAUUUCUUCAUAAGAAUUUGUUCAAAAAUAAUGUAGCACUAAUAAAAUAGAGUUUUAACUUUUUA